UGAUAAAUAUCCUUGAACUGCCAUUUGUUUAAUCACUUUGGUAGGAGAAGGUGAGCAGAAGUGUAGAGGAGGAGGAAUGCUUCUAGCAGGAUGCCCUUCAGUGGCAGAGGUGGGAAGUGAAGGUGUUAUUGAGAUCCUGAAAUAUUGUUAGUUGUGCCUAUUGGGGUGCUGAUUAGAGAUGCCAGCCCUGCCUUUGGAAAAUAACUUCCAGCAUGUUGCCUAUUUCUGUGUGAGUGACAGUUGCUUCAGGAACCUUGCAGAAGACCGCAGUGGGAUAAACCUUAAAGACCUCAUCCAGGAUCCUUCCUUAUUAGGUGGAACUGUAUCUGCAUACAAGAUAGUGCCAGAUGAGAUAGAAGAAAUCAAGGAGACACUGAUAGACUGGUGUGAUGAAAAGGAACUCAACUUGAUUUUAACAACCGGAGGAACAGGAUUUGCACCAAGAGAUGUCACACCAGAGAAAUUCCCAACAUUCCCAUUUUGUGGGCUCCAGAGAGGGGCUACUAAAGAAGUAAUAGAACGAGAGGCCCCAGGGAUGGCCUUGGCAAUGCUGAUGGGAUCACUUAAUGUUACACCUCUGGGCAUGCUUUCUAGACCUGUGUGUGGAAUCAGAGGGAAAACUCUCAUAAUUAACCUUCCAGGUAGCAAGAAAGGAUCACAGGAAUGCUUUCAAUUUAUACUACCAGCCCUACCUCAUGCCAUUGAUCUUUUACGGGAUGCCAUUGUAAAAGUAAAAGAGGUUCAUGAUGAACUUGAAGAUCUACCUUCACCACCACCACCUCUUUCUCCUCCUCCAACCAUCAGCCCUCACAAGCAGACAGAAGACAAAGGUGUACAGUGUGAGGAAGAGGAGGAAGAGAAAAAAGAUAGUGGAGUUGCUUCAACAGAGGAUAGUUCCUCCUCGCAUAUAACUGCUGCAGCCAUUGCAGCAAAGAAGCAUCCAUCCUAUACCAGUUCUGCUGUUAUCAUGGCAAAAGGUGAACAUCCCAUUCCUGGUCUCAUCUGUUAUCCCUCUCAUUCAUCAGACAAUGCAGGAGAACCGAUUCCAGAUUCCAUCAUAUCUCGUGGUGUUCAGGUGCUUCCACGAGACACAGCCUCACUUAGCACUACCCCUUCAGAAUCCCCUCGUGCCCAAGCUACUUCUCGCCUCUCUACUGCUUCCUGUCCCACACCAAAACAAAUUAGACGCCCGGAUGAAAGCAAAGGAGUUGCUAGUAGAGUUGGAUCCCUCAAAGUCCAAUCCAGGUGCAGCAGUAAGGAGAACAUCCUCCGAGCAAGUCACAGUGCUGUAGACAUUACAAAAGUAGCAAGAAGACAUCGUAUGUCUCCAUUUCCAUUAACAUCUAUGGACAAAGCCUUCAUUACAGUUCUGGAGAUGACUCCAGUGCUUGGAACAGAAAUAAUCAAUUAUCGAGAUGGAAUGGGCAGAGUCCUUGCUCAAGAUGUUUAUGCAAAGGACAACCUUCCACCUUUUCCAGCUUCAGUAAAAGAUGGCUACGCUGUCAGAGCUGCUGAUGGACCAGGGGAUCGUUUCAUCAUUGGGGAAUCCCAAGCUGGUGAGCAACCAACUCAAACUGUAAUGCCUGGUCAAGUAAUGCGAGUUACAACUGGUGCUCCAAUACCCUGCGGUGCUGAUGCUGUGGUACAAGUGGAAGACACAGAACUUAUCAGGGAAUCUGAUGAUGGCACUGAAGAACUCGAGGUACGCAUUCUGGUGCAGGCUCGACCGGGUCAAGAUAUCAGACCUAUAGGACACGACAUUAAAAGAGGUGAAUGUGUACUGGCCAAGGGAACCCAUAUGGGUCCAUCAGAAAUAGGUCUACUAGCAACUGUUGGAGUAACCGAAGUUGAAGUUAACAAGUUUCCAGUAGUUGCUGUAAUGUCUACAGGGAAUGAACUAUUGAAUCCUGAAGAUGACUUGUUACCAGGAAAGAUUAGAGAUAGUAAUCGUUCAACUCUUUUAGCAACAAUUCAAGAGCAUGGAUAUCCGACAAUCAACCUGGGGAUUGUAGGAGAUAACCCAGAUGAUUUACUUAAUGCCUUGAAUGAAGGAAUUAGCCGUGCUGAUGUCAUCAUCACAUCAGGGGGGGUGUCAAUGGGAGAAAAGGACUAUCUUAAACAGGUGCUGGAUAUUGAUCUUCAUGCCCAGAUUCAUUUUGGCAGGGUUUUUAUGAAACCAGGGUUACCUACAACCUUUGCAACCUUGGAUAUUGAUGGAGUAAGAAAAAUCAUCUUCGCGCUCCCAGGGAACCCUGUGUCAGCAGUUGUUACCUGCAAUCUUUUUGUUGUCCCAGCACUGAGGAAGAUGCAAGGAAUUCUGGAUCCUCGUCCAACUAUUAUAAAAGCCAGGUUAUCAUGUGAUGUAAAAUUGGACCCUCGUCCAGAAUACCAUCGGUGCAUACUGACUUGGCAUCACCAAGAACCACUGCCUUGGGCACAAAGUACAGGGAAUCAGAUGAGCAGUCGUCUGAUGAGUAUGCGCAGUGCCAAUGGACUGUUGAUGCUACCUCCAAAGACAGAGCAGUAUGUGGAACUUCAUAAGGGAGAGGUGGUUGACGUCAUGGUCAUUGGAAGACUAUGAUGUUACCAGCAGGAGAAAAGUUUUGAUGCAUGUCCACAUAUCAUUGACUGUAUCCUGUAAUAUGCAACGGCACAGCUAGUUUUUCUGAAUUGGAUAAAAGUUGAUCAGUAUAAACACCUUGAACUAUAUUUCAAAUGGAUUUAAAUAAAUACCUUUUAAAAAAAACUUCAAAAACAAAUCUUAAAAGAAUUUAUUCUGAUUAUAUCAAAGCAACUUUUUCAUUUCUUGCAAUUGCUUUGUGUGUUCAAUGCUAGUUCCAAUAGCAGUAGCUUUUAGUAGACAGCGGUAGGUGCCUGCAGAACUUGUGUUUUUUCUCAUCUUUAAGAUUCAACUACUUAUGCUCUUAAAACAAGGCUGUCUGCUUAUUUAUACUAGUGUAGACAACACUUGGAUUUUCCCUUAUUAGUAUGCUUCAUAACUGCUUCACCAAGAGCUUCUGCUUGUUCUUUAUCGUAUCUCGUGUUGAUGUGCACAGUGCCAAAAGCAGAGUGGCUGCCCUGGGAACCCGAUCAAGCCCCAAGGUUUUCCUCCUUGCUGCGCGUUCAGGGAUACCUGUCAUCCCAGCAGCCACCCAGCUCAGUACUAUUGGGCAGUAACUGGAUACCUUUUGUUUAAACAAACAACAACAAAAAAAUUGCUUCCUUAAGUGCUGACAGCCUUUUUAACCAAUACAUUUAAAAUGUACAGAAUUAAAAUCUUAAAAAAAAAAUCAAAGACUGAUCUUGUACAGAUAUUAGUGUUACCAGCAUUCAUGUGGAAAUUAAAUAAGAAAUAAAAACUAAUGUUAAACAACUCUGUACCAUAACAUUUUCUGUAAUGAUACUGAAAUUUAAAUGAAUAAAAAAAAUCCUGAAUCAUUAUUUAAAAGGUGAUUGUGUUAAGCCUGUUUUCAGUCUUGGGGAAAGGACAGUCUUGGUUCAAAAAUUAAAUGAGCACAAAUAUAUUGGAGAAAAAAAUGCUGAUGCAUAAAUUUUUAAUUUAAAAGGUUUUAAUAAGGUUGUGUUAUUUUUCUUGAGUAAUAUUAAAACUGGAAUCCUUGGAAGAUACUUUAACGGUACAAUUUAUGAACAUCACCAAUACAGAUUAACUUAAAAAUAUAGGAUUUAAAUCAUCUAAGAAACUGACAUAAGUGAAAGAAAAUGUUUAAGUACUGUAUGGAAUAUUUCUACAUUUUAAAAAUUAUUUGCCUCAUGAACACUAUUGCAGUUAACUAUAAUUGACCCAUAGUCAUUUGCAUAAUGUGACACUUCUAGGUGUUAAGUAAGAAGUGAAAGAAAUAAAUUCAGUAUGAGAUAACUAACUUCAAGAUUGCUUUCAGGAUACUGCAUAGUGAAAAAAUAUUUUGAGUUCAGGUCUUCCCCCUGCAUAGCAUUAUUGCUCUCAUGACUACUUAAAAUACUUGUUUUUUAAAAUUCCAUAAAGAUGUACAUAAAUUAUAGUUUGCCUUAAGAUAACAUUUAUUGCUAAUAAACUGUAAAAAUAUGGUGAAAUGAGAAAUACAUUUUAUUCUAGAGUAGAAUUAAGGCUAGUAAAAAUACUGCCCAUUGUAGAAUGUAGAACUUAAAACUGAUUUGAUAUUGACCAUGGCUCUUCAUGACUGACCACAAUCUUAUUUCCAUUUGGGAAUAUGCCAAACAAUGACAGUGAACAUUUCUUCUCUAGAAGAAGAAUAAGUAGAGUAAUGAAAGUUUAACACUCUUUUGCUUAAUGUCAGUAGUUAGACAGAGUUAGAUAAUUGUCCUCCAAUAACUCCUUUAAGGAUUUAUCUGCCGUCUUCACUGAGCAUCAUAACCAGAUUAGAAAUAAAAGUGUGCUUUCUUAAACAGAAUACUUACAAAAAUGCAGAUUUAGACAAAUACAAUGCUUUUUGUUUUUGUUUAAAUUAGGUAAAACAUCUUUUUACGGAUGAAGGUAACAUCACAACUUGUUGAUAAUAGCACAAAGACAUUUGUAUAACUCUUAGAAAUCACUACUUAAUCUCAUUUUGUAUUUCAAAAAUCUUAUUUUACAAAUGGC